UUGGUACAUGGUAUAUCUAUCUAAGAAUUUAUAGGGUUGUAGCUGGAUCUGUUGGAAAAUGGGGGUUUAGCUUUAAUUAAUACAUAUACACACACAGCAGCAACACCGACUAUCUAAGCAAUGAAUGAAGGUUUCCUGCACUUGGUAUUAUAUAUAUAUAUAUAUAUAUAUAUAUAUAUAUAUAUAUAUAUUGCCAAUAUUUACUCCAUUGCUAGUAAUGUUUUCCUUUUCUGCACCCAUCUUGGGAUUUUUCCAACAAUUAAUACAUGCGCUGCCCCUUUACUCUCUCUCUCUCUCUCGUUUUCUACCAUUCCAGCUCCUUCAAUUUAAUUCAACUCUCCUCCUCCUCUGUGAUCCACCUCUCACCCUAAUUAAGUCAAGCUUUAAAGUGAACCCAUCUCUCUCCCUUUGGAACUCCUCUUAUAUGUGUGUGUGUUCGUGUAAGUAUAUAUAAUGGCCUCAGAGGUUAAAAACCAACAAUCACACCCACUUCAACAAGACCAUGUUAGUGUUAGCAGUGAUGGUCUAGUAACCGAUUACAGCCUACCCAGUCUCCGUCAAACCAUCUCGGUCACCCUUGAUCUCUUCCACCCUUCCUUGCAUACACAACUAGAAAACCCUUGUCGUCUUCAUACUCCGAAGUUAUUCUUACUCAAGGCUGCUGGUGAUCAGAAGAAGAUAUAUAUAUAUAUAUAUAUAUAUAUAUAUAUAUAUAUAUAUAAUCUCUUACACGGAGUUAUAGCUAGUGUGCGGCAAAAGAGGUACUUGGAAGCAGGCACAGGCACAACCACCAUGAGCCACAGAAAUGGGAAAGAGUCAAAACUUGAGUUGAAGCUAAAUUUAUCGCUGGCCGGCAGGGCUAACCCACCCCCUGAGUCAGCAUCAUCAGAGUCUCCGAUAUCACCGCCGCCAAAUUCAUGCGUCUCUUCAGAGAUCAACCAAGAUGGUGACGAAACCCUCAGUUACACCACCAAUAGCCCCGAAGCCACCUCCAUGAUGCUAGUGGGUUGUCCACGCUGCCUCAUGUAUGUUAUGCUCCAGGAGGAGGACCCCCGGUGCCCCAGAUGCAAGAACACCAUUUUGCUGGACAUCAUCAGUCAGAAUGCCACCCCCACCGCCACCACCAGCACCAAGAAUACCAAGAAAGCUAACUAGCUAGAGUAGACUAAUUACUCUUUCAAAUUUCUUAUUUCUAUACUUAAUAAUAUUUGGUCAUCAAGGACUUUUUGUUUUUUGCCUUCAGGUGAUUGUGUUAUUUCUACUCCACUUUUAGCUUGUUAGGUGCAAAGUGGAGCUUUCAAUAAUACUUUUUUCUCUCUGAACCAUUCGGUAUGGGCAAUUGGGUGUGGCAGUUUAGUAAGA